GCCGACAACGGAUGAAACAUCUCAUCUACCACUUCGUCUUCUCCCUUCGAUCCCAGAAAACCGAGCCACUUCUCCACAAUCAAUCCAUACCUAACUUCGAUCCAUCACUUUCGUCUUUAUGAUUUCGUUCAGCUCCCUCUGUUCCUCCUUCUUUAUAUACUCAUCCUCUUAUCUUUGUACAAACCCAAACCCUAGGAAUUCCUCAAACCUCAACCAUGGCGACGAAACCGAACGGAAAGUCUCCUGUCUCAUCCGCCUCUGAUGAAAAAGUGAUGUUCUUCAGAGAUGUCUCUCUGGGUCCCCACGAAACUCAGUUGCGCUUCCGUCUGAUCCACUUCUGGGAGGCUUGGAACCCGAUUAAGAAGACGUUUAUCGGCCUUGAGAUGCUUCUCAUCGAUGAACAGACUAGAAAAUGAUGUUUCACAGAGAGAGACGAAGGUGGAGACGGAGAUUCAUCCGAAGACAAGCUCCAUGGUCAUGAGGGUGAAGGUGGCCGUGGAGGAAGGGGAGGAAGACACUGAGGGAGAUUCGGGAGGAAUAGGGGAUCUGAUUCACCAGGUUCCGGUGCCUAAGUCACUUCAGGAUGUUAUAGACAAGGAGAAGCAAGCAGCUUGUGAAGCAGCAGAUCAAGGUGGAAUGAAAGAGAGAAAUCCAGAAGCAGCAAACCCGGAAGCUGGAUCACCAUCUCAAGAAGAAAGUGUAAACGAACAUCUGAUAGUGGAGAAGAAGAGGAAGGAGAGGCGACAAAGAGCAGGCAUGACCAGUUGAUAGAGAUACUAGAAAGAAACGGGCAGUUACUGGCCGCGCAGCUUGAAGUUCAGAAUACGAACUUAAAGCUAGACAGAGAGCAAAGAAAAGAUCAUGGCGAUAACUUAGUCGUUGUUCUUAACAAGCUCGCUGAUGCUGUUGACAAAAUCGCUGAUAAGUUGUAGAUUAGUAGUAAUGCAUAUAUUUGUGUAUAUUCUAUCGAGCAUUGGUUCAGCAUUGCUUCUCAUUAUUAGUAGUAAUACAUAUAAGUUGUAGAUAUUAGUAGUAAUACAUAUAUUUAUGUAUAUUCUAUCGAGCAUUGGUUCAGCAUUGCUUCUCAUUAUUAGUAGUAAUACAUAUAAGUUGUAGAUAUUAGUAGUAAUACAUAUAUUUAUGUAUAUUCUAUCGAGCAUUGGUUCAGCAUU